AUGUCAUCCUCCCCGACGGCAGCCCUAGAGGCCAUACUAAAUCUGCCGCCCCUUCACCUGCAUUUAGAAUUGGAGGCGAAAUCUAGUAUGCUUAGAAUAGCGGGCGCGAGGAGAGGUAACUGGUUAUCGCAAACUCUGAGAUUGUUAAGGGAAUCAGUACACGAUAUUCCUGUUCUUGGGAUGCCGUCCGACACGAUGGCACCCAAAUUUUGUCCACACAAACUCUACUCAGUGGAACUCCCCAAAAGGGAGGACUGGUCAAACGGUCAAAUCAAGUGGAAAGAAGAAAGCCUGAGGUGGUACACUGAUGGCUCCAAAUCCGGAUCUGAAGUAGGCUGCCGAGUAUAUGGCGAAGCGCCUAGGAAGGGCAUUAGCGUAAACCUAGGACGUUAUUGCUCUAUAUUCCAGGCAGAAGUAUACGCCAUUCUAGAAUGUGCGUCGAUCAACCUGCAAUGCAACUAUAGCAAAAAUACAAUCUAUAUCCAUUCGGAUAGCCAGGCGGCACUCUUGGCCCUAACCUCUGAUGUUACUACAUCAAGGCUGGCCGAGAACUGCAGGCAGCUACUGAACAACCUUGGAGCCAGGAACAAGGUUGUUCUACGUUGGGUCCCGGGGCAUGCGGGUAUCGCGGGAAACGAAAAGGCUGACGAACUCGCGCGAGCAAGGGCUAAGGGGAAGACCUUCAGUCCUGAGCCUUUUUAUGGUAUUCCCAAAAGUCUAACGCGGCUCACCCUAAAAACCUACUGUCACUACAAAACCAUUCAACUCUGGAGAGAAACUACAGGCUUGAAUCAUUCCAAGGCACUUAUCAAGCAAAAAGGCGGCCUCAAACGCCUUAGCGCUGUCUAG